CCCUUGGUAUAGUAAAUUCCAUUUCUACGGACAUUUAUUUUUCACUAAGUGGUAAAUGGCGCUACGUUGGGGUGAUAGGGAGGUGAGUGGUGGGAGUCUGAUUGGCAUUGACAUGGCAUCCUCGGCUGCACUUUGUGGAUUUCAGUUCCCUGCAUUAGCUCCCGCGUUUCACCGACAUCAACUGCAAGUCAGAAAGAGGAGGAGGGCUUUUCCCACUUAUAAAUCUAAGAUUAGGGGCGUGGUGUGUGCAGAGUCUCAGUCUGAAUUGUGGAAAAGAGAGGAGGAGCGUUGGGUGCGAGAAGAGCAGCGCUGGUUGAGAGAGGAAGCAAGGUGGCUCAGAGAAGAAGCUCGCUUGCGUGCUCAGGUGCAUGCUCUUCAAUCUCAAAUCUCCUCUCUCACCCGACAACUACAACUACUACAACAUUUUCCUCCCACAUCCCCACACUUUAAUGCAAGUGGGGUGGAUUUGCAAGAUCAAAUUUCCUCCUCAUCUGAUUUACAAGCGCAAAUUUCUUCCCGCUCUGAUUUACAAGAUCAAAUUUCCUCCUUAUCCGAUUUACAAGCGAAAAUUUCUUCCCUCUCCGAUUUACAAGAUCAAAUUUCCUCUCCCUCCUCCACCAUCACCACCACUAGCCUUAGCUACAACAGCAGCAACAUCAACAUCAACAAAAACAAGAAGAGAAACACCCUUAAAUUGGGCUCCCGAGGAGAAGCUGUGAAAGAGAUGCAGGAAGCAUUACAAAGGUUGGGUUUCUAUUCGGGAGAGGAUGAUAUGGACUAUUCCAGCUUUGAUGGAGGCACUCAAAGAGCUGUUAAGUCGUGGCAAGCAACCCUAGGUAUCGUAGAGGAUGGAACAAUGACGGCAGAACUCUUGGCAAAAUUGCUAGGGGAUGGAAUGCUGGAUACUGAGUUAGAGGAAGAAUUGACUAAUGGUGUUUCUCUUCCAUUGCCAGGGAAGAUGGCACAGGAAAAGAUAAAUGGAUCUGUUCAAAAACCAAUUGCAAAGAUCGAACAGGCCAUAGUAAGUAAGACAGAAGGAGUUGAAAUAUCUGAAAAACGAGUAUAUCUCCUGGGAGAAAACAGGUGGGAAGAACCUCAAAGGCUUAAAAGCAAACAAAACGGUGGUGGCACCAAAGUUCAGACGAGUGCAAGGUGUAUUAGUUGUCGAGGGGAAGGCAAAAUGCUGUGUACAGAAUGUGAAGGUACUGGCGAACCGAAUGUCGAAGAGCAGUUCUUGGAAUGGAUAGAAGAAGCCAAAUGCCCUUAUUGCGAGGGUUCAGGAUAUACUCUUUGUGAUGUGUGUGAAGGAAAAGAUGGAAAAGUUUAACAGAGAUUGCAGAUUUCUAUUUUUAAUUUGUUAUUGUGAUUUGUUUUAAUUUAUGUAAAUAAAUUUAUUUAUAUGCAGUUUUCUAAUAAGAAAAUUUGUAUCAUGUGUAAGUAUGUGAAAGUUCAUACUUAAUAUAAUAAAAAAAACUUUGAAAAUCAAUUCAA